AUGGGUCGCCUCACGACGGUGUUAUCCGCCGUCUUCCUGGCCAUCGGAGGUUUCCUCUUCGGCUAUGACUCCGGUAUCAUCACCUCAACGAUCGCUUUAGAUUCGUUUGAAAAGUACUUCCGCCACCCAUCAGAUACCGUCGCCGGCGGCAUUGUGUCAGCCUUCCAAGGCGGCGCCAUCUUCGGCACCAUCAUCAACAUGCUCUUCGCCAACAAGAUCGGUCGGCGUAACACCAUCUUUGUCGGAUCCGUGAUUUCGUGUCUCGGCUCGGCUCUGCAAGCCGGCGCCGUCAACAUGGUCAUGCUGAUUAUUGGCCGCUUCAUCGGCGGUGCCGCCGUCGGCAUGGUUACCUCGACGAUUCCCAUGUACGCCUCUGAGCUGUCGGAAGCAAAGUACCGCGGUAUCUUGUCCGGUUUGCUACAGUGGAUGUUGAGUUGGGGAUUCUUGAUCGCCCAGUGGCUUGGAUAUGGAUGCUCCUUUGUCAAGGGCGACUUUUCUUGGCGUUUCCCUCUCGCCUUCCAGGCUGUCCCCGGUGUCAUUCUCGUCACCGGCAUCUACUUCCUCCAAGAGUCUCCCCGUUGGCUCAUGGAGCGAGACCGACACGAAGAUGCCCGUCGAUCACUCGGCAAACUCCGAAGCGGCUUGGACGAGGAAACCAUCGAUCUCGAAUUCCGUGAGAUUCGCGACGUUAUCUUGGCUGACCGCGCCCUCGGCAACAUUUCGUGGAAGUCCAUCAUCACAAAGCCUUCGUGGCGCAAGCGUCUCUUGUUGGGCUGUGGUGUACAGGCCUUCGGACCUCUCUCAGGUAUCAACGUGAUCAACUACUACGGACCUCGAAUCUACAAGAUUCUCGGUAUCGAUACGCAAACCUCUCUGAUGAUCAUCGGCAUCAGCGGUGCUCUUUCGAUCGUCUACUGCAGCAUUGGCCUGUGGCUCCUCGACCGCGUCGGCAGAGUGAAGCCCCUGAUCGUCUCCGCAGCCGGUCUCGCCGCCGCCCUCCUCGUCAACGCAGUGCAGGCCCAAUACCUCAACGAGAACAACGCCAACCAGUUGCGCAGUAUGGUAGCCAUGAACUUCGUCUUCAGCAUGUUCUACACCCCGCUGGGCAUUAUCAGCUGGGUAUACCCUGCCGAAAUCUUCCCCGUCGAGGUCAGAGCGCUCGGAAACGCCAUCACCACCUUCACCAACUGGACCGUCAACCUCAUCUUUGCCCAGAUUUCCCCGGAGGCGUUGACGAAUAUUGGAUUCCGCUACUUCUACGUCUUCUUCGUUUUCAACCUGAUCGCCAUGAUUUGCUACAUUUUCUUCUUCCCGGAGACCAAGGGUAGGACGCUUGAGCAGAUGGAUGAGCUGUUUGGGGACCAGCUGGUGCCCCAUGCCAUGCAGGACUCUGUUGGUGCUGCUGCUGCUGUCGCCAAGGAUGAAAAGCUUGUGGAGCAACUUGAUCACGUCUGA